CUAUCUUUAGGCUUAGGUUUAACUUGAACACAGCUUUAAACCUUUUAAACCUCAUCUCCACUUCCAACUAUCUUUAGGGUUUUCCUAUAUAUUCCCUCUUCUUCAUUGUGCUUAUUUAUUCAUUUAUUUGUUUUUGUCAUUGUAUGAAUUGAAAUUUUGAAAAAGAUGAAUAAUCUCAAGCUUUACUCGGAGGUAUCACUGUGUCUGGAGUUGCAAUCCAAGGAAGAAGAGGUCGUAACCUUCUCUGCAUUCGAUGUUGAGCGCAAUCGCUUGUUCUUCGCUUCUUCUACUAACUCCAUUUAUGCCACUCAUCUUUCUUCCUUCCAGAAUGAGGGAGCAUGGAGGAAAACCACGUUGCCAGUGGAAGUUGAUCGAAUUGAAUUGGAGGUUGGUGACUACAUCACUUCCUUUGAUUAUGUCAUGGAGAAAGAGGCUUUGCUAUUGGGAACUCAGAGUGGGCUAAUGCUGUUGCAUAAUGUGGAUAUUAAAUUUACAGAAGUUGUUGGUCAAGUUGAGGGUGGUGUAAAAUGCAUUUCACUCAGUCCAGAUGGAGAUUUGCUCUGCGUAGUUACUGGUUUUGAGCAGAUGCUAGUGAUGACUCAUGACUGGGAUUUGUUGUAUGAGACUUCACUUAGAGAUCUUCCGGAUGGUGUUGACGUACAUGAUGAACCAAACGUUUCUUCAAGAUAUGAGUUUAGGAGCCUUAUCUCUUGGCGGGGCGAUGGGAAAUACUUUGCCACACUUACUAAUGAGUCAGAUUCUACUUCUUUGCAUAAGAGGAUGAAAGUUUGGGAGCGAGAUUCAGGGGUACUGCAUGCUGCUUCAGAACCAAAGCUGUUUAUGGGAACUGUGUUGGAUUGGAUGCCCAGCGGAGCAAAAAUUGCAUCUGUCUAUGGCAAAAAAGCAGAAAAUGAAUGUCCUUCAAUUGUGUUUUAUGAGAAGAAUGGGUUAGAAAGAAGCUUGUUUAGCAUUAAUGAGGAAGUAAAUUCAACAAUAGAAAUGCUUAAGUGGAAUUGUAACUCAGAUCUUCUUGCAGCUUUAGUCAGAUGUGAAAAUUAUGAGUGUAUCAAGGUCUGGUUUUUCAGUAACAAUCAUUGGUAUUUAAAACAUGAAAUUAGGUACCUAAGGGAGGAUAAAGUGAGCUUCAUGUGGGAUCCAGUGAAGCCACUACAGUUGAUUUGUUGGACUCUUGGCGGCCAAGUCACGCUGUAUAAUUUCAACUGGAAUACAGCUGUUAUGGGGGACUCGACUGCACUUGUUAUUGAUGACUCCAAAAUACUUGUAACUCCACUUUCUUUAUCUCUCAUGCCACCACCUAUGUAUUUAUUCAGCCUUAAGUUUCCAUCUGCUGUCCGAGACUUGGCUUUUUAUUCCAGGAAUUCUAAAACCUGUUUAGCAGCCUUUCUGUCAAAUGGUUGUUUGUGUGUUGUUGAGUUUCCUCCAAAUGGUACUUGGGAAGAGCUAGAAGGCAAGGAAUUCAACAUUGAAGCUUCCAUAUCUGAUAUUCCACUUGGGUCAUUUAUACAUUUAAUGUGGUUGGACUUACAUAGGAUCCUUGCUGUUUCUCAUUAUGGAUUUAGUCACAGUAGCUUAUCUUAUAGCUCAUUGAAUGAGGAUAGGCUUCUUGGCUAUCGUUUGCUGGAGAUAGAGCUUGUUUGUUCUGAGGAUAAUGUGCCAGGUUCAGUGACAUGCUCAGGAUGGCACGCAAAUGUGUCCAAUCAACUAUCUCUAGAGGAGCUGGUUAUUGGUAUAGCUCCCAAUUAUUCAACAAAGUCUUCAGCUUUUGUUCAGUUUUAUGGUGGAAAGAUAUAUGAGCAUGUACCAAAGUUGGGCAUCUUGCCGGGAGCUAUGAAAUAUGAUGAUUGGAGUUUUUCAUCAUCUUGUCCUUGGAUGAGUGUGGUUCCAGUUGGAAACACUGGACCUUUGAUUUUUGGACUUGAUGAAGUUGGUAGGCUGCAUAUCAGUGGAAAAAUAUUAUGCAACAACUGCAGUAGUUUCUCAUUUUACUCAAAUUUGGCUGACCAAGUAAUUACACAUUUGAUUCUUUCAACUAAGCAGGACUUUGUUUUUAUUGUCGACAUAUAUGAUAUCUUGCAUGGAGACCUAGAGGUGAAGUACACGAAUUUUAUCCAUGUUAAUAAAAGGAGAGAGGAUGAUAAUGUAAACUUUAUAAAUAUAUGGGAGAGAGGUGCCAAAAUUGCUGGUGUCCUCCAUGGAGAUGAAGCUGCUGUUAUAUUACAAACAACUAGGGGAAACCUGGAGUGUAUUUACCCAAGAAAAUUGGUCCUCUUAUCAAUUUGCAAUGCAUUAGUCAACCAGCGCUUUAGAGAUGCACUGCUCAUGCUGAGGCGGCACAGAAUUGAUUUUAAUGUCAUUGUUGAUUAUUGCAGUUGGCAAUUAUUUCUGCAAUCAGCGUCUGAGUUUGUCAAGCAGGUUAACAAUUUGAAUCACAUAACUGAGUUUGUGUGUGCCUUAAAGAAUGAAAAUAUAAUGGAAACAUUAUAUAAAAAAUUUAAUUGUCAGCCUUUCUUCAAAGAAGAUAGAGAUGUGCAAGCCAGAUGUCCAAUAGGUUCUGAUGCUACGAGCAAGGUUUCCUCCAUCUUGAGGGCCAUAAUGGUGGCUCUGGAGGAUAAAUUACCUGAGAGUCCUGCGAGAGAGCUUUGUAUUUUAACCACCCUAGCUCGUAGUGAUCCUCCCGCACUUGAAGAAGCUUUGGAGAGAAUAAAAGUUAUCCGUGAAAUGGAAUUAUUAGGUUCUGAUGAGCCAAGGAGAACGUCUUAUCCCUCUGCCGAAGAGGCCUUGAAGCAUCUCUUAUGGUUGUCUGAUUCUGAGCCUGUUUUUGAAGCUGCUUUAGGCCUUUAUGAUUUGAAUCUUGCUGCUAUUGUGGCAUUAAACUCUCAGCGGGACCCUAAAGAAUUUCUUCCUUUUCUUCAAGAACUGGAGCGUUUGCCACUUGACUUAAUGUGUUAUAAUAUUGAUAUAAAGCUGUGUAGGUUUGACAAAGCUCUCAAGCACAUUAUUUCUGCAGGGGAUGCUUAUUAUGCAGAUUGUAUGAACCUUAUGAAGCAAAAUCCUCAACUUUUUCCAUUGGGACUUAAACUGAUAUCUGAUCCUGCCAAGAAGAGGCAGAUCCUUGAGGCUUGGGGUGAUCAUCUUAGUGAUGAGAAACACUAUGAGGAUGCUGCUGCAACAUAUCUAUGCUGUUCCAGUUUGGACAAGGCUUUGAAGUCCUAUCGUGCUUGUGGUAACUGGAGUGGGGUACUUACAAUUGCUGGGCUCCUUAAACUUGGAAGGGAAGAGAUACUUCAACUGGCUCAUGAGCUUUGUGAAGAACUUCAAGCUCUUGGUAAACCUGGGGAAGCUGCCCAAAUUGCACUUGAGUACUGUGGAGAUGUUAAUAGUGGGAUUAGUUUGUUAAUUAGUGCGAGAGAGUGGGAAGAGGCAUUAAGGGUUGCUGUAAUGCACAAUAGACAAGAUUUGAUCUCAGAAGUUAAAAAUGCAUCAUUGGACUGUGCAAGUAUGCUUAUUGGUGAAUAUGAGGAUGGUUUGGAGAAAGUAGGGAAGUACUUGGCUCGAUAUUUAGCUGUUCGACAAAGGAGACUACUUCUUGCUUUAAAGAUCCAGUCAGAGGAACAGCCAAUGACUGAUCUUGAUGACGAUACAGCUUCAGAAGCUAGCAGUAACUUCAGUGGAAUGAGUGCUUACACUACAGGGUCAAGGAGUAGCCAUGUCACUUCUGUCAGCUCAAGUGCAGCUAGCAAGGCCAGAGACACCAGGCGUCAGAGAAAGAGAGGGAAAAUUCGUCCUGGCAGUGCCGGGGAGGAGAUGGCUUUGGUGGAGCAUUUGAAGGGCAUGUCUCCAAUGGUUGGUGCAAAGCGUGAGUUGAAAUUGUUGUUACUCUGCCUUGCGAUGCUUGGAGAGGUGGAAAUCGCAAGAAAGCUGCAACGUGCUGGAGAAAACUUUCAACUAUCUCAGAUGGCAGCAGUGAGCUUAGCUGAAGAUACUGUGACUAAUGAUAUCAUGGACGAGUAUACACAUACAUUGGAGCAUUACACACAAAAGAUGAGAGGUGAAGUGCAAACUUCUGAAGCUUUCUUUUGGCGGUGUAAAGUAUUCCCUUCUCCUUAAGAGCUGAAAUAGCCCCUCAACACAAUUGACUGGAAUGUGAAGGAUAUCAGUUUAGGAAAAGGAGGUUUGGUAUUUUUCCAGUAAUUGGAAUUUUUGGCUGUAAUAAAUAUUUUGAUAAAAGAUGGAAAGGAUGUAGGCUUUUGUGUCAUCUUUUCGUUAUAAUUAAGAAUUUUCGUUUUCCAUUCUCUAA